AUGGCCGACGAUCCAGAAACCGAAGUUGAAUCCUCAGUAAAAAAAAAAAAGAGCAAAGUUCCUAAACCGAUUUUCUCCAAAUUUCCCAAGCGGAACGUGAAGGAUGUCGGGGAAUUGUUCGAUGAUCUGAUCCAUGCACUGGGCGGCUAUGGAAUUUACCAGCGUCGUAUUACCUUCCUGAUUAUCCUACCCCUGUUCUUUUUUGUGGCUUUCAUCAACUGUAUUAUGGGAUUCGUCGUGUCCGCACCGAGUGACUAUUUCUGUUUAAUCCCCGAGUUAACUAACGAAUCCCUGACGACAUCUGGCAUCCUUCUCCAUCCUGCCAUCACCGCCACGGAUCGGCGCCUGCUCAUGCCAGCCGAUCCCGCGCUGUCGCCGCCGCAUUCCGGUUGUCUGCAGUACAACAUCAACUACACGCGGGUCUUCCUGGAACACAAUGCCUCCUUGGCGUCGUUGACAGCGCACCUCAAUCACACCUCUGUCAACCUGACGACCACCGGCUGCCAGCAUGGCUGGGAAUUCCAGAUGCAUCAGUGGGAUCAGAGUGUGGUGACGGAAUGGGAUCUGGUGUGUGAUUGGUCCGGUGCACCGAUGGUCGGCCAGGUAUUUAUGGUGCUGUUCUUCGUCCUGGGGAUCGGCGUGGGCGGCUUCUGCGCGGAUAAAUGGGGACGGAAACCGGUGUUCUUUACGGCGCUGUUUGUGUUUAUCACGUUCGGGUUGAGCGCGGCGUUUGCACCGACGUACACGGCGUUCGUGAUUCUGGCCAUGCUGCAUUCGCUUGGAUCGGGGCCGCUGUAUUACAUUUUGUAUACCUUAGGUGUUGAGAAUUUGACCUUGCGUUCCCGUGUGACUUACGUCGUCUGGUUGAGCGUGGUGUAUGCGUUCGGGUCAAUGGCUUUCAUCCUUCUCGCCUACUUCAUGCGACACUGGCGGACGAUGACCAUUAUCGGCACCACGCCGUUUUAUCUACUGUUCAUCUACUGGUUUUUUAUGCCCGAGUCACCACGAUGGCUGUUAGUGCACGAACGUUUCGAGCAAGUUGAAAAUUAUUUUCGCAACAUUGCCCGUGUCAACGGUGUGACCUUUGAUGAACCCGCUCAGAACAAGCUCAAGAAAAUUUUUACUCAGUGCGAACGGGAAGUGAAUAUCGACCACCAUCAUAUGACACGCUGGGAACGUGCAGCAUGGACGCGUCUCUUUACCACACCGCCCAUGCGACGCAAAACCUUGCUGUUGGUAUAUCUCCUUUGCACGCUGCAGAUCUGUUACGGAGGCCUUCGACAGCUGACACCGUCAUUCAGUGGCGUGGGAGCGGACGAGUAUUUUAACACUUUCAUUAACUUCCUGGUCGAAAUUCCCGGCUACGUUCUGACGGCGCUGUUGUGUGAUCGUUUGGGUCGACGGGUCACUCUGCUGAUCUUGUUUGCUGCGGCUUUUAUCACCUGCCUUCUGACUCUGGCUUUCCCGUCCAAGCACGAAUACUUCUGGGGCAUUGUGGCCAUUUUCCUCAUCGCCAAAAUAUUUUUUGCAGGAGCGUAUAUCGUGGGUGAACUGUUGAGUUACGAGACAUUUCCCACCGUGAUUCGCCUGCAAGGUGUGGCCUUUGUGGAAAGCAUCGCUUAUCUAAUUUCCCACAUUAGUUACCUCAUCGUCAAGCUGCAGUUUCAUAGCAUGGUCCUGCCGAUUGUGAUUUUUGGCUGUAUGGGACUGGUGGCGAUGUUGUGCGUCUUCUUGUUACCGGAAACCGUUAGCUAUGCUUUGCCUGAAACGGUGGAAGAAGCUGACAUGCGCGGAGCCUAUUUCCGAAUGGCUCCCAAUCUGCGUAUUCCGGAAAUGAAGAAGCUGCGAUUCUCCGUUUCAUAUCGAAAAAAGAAAGACCACACAGAAAUUCCAGAGACCAUCGAAACGGCAAGGCCCGGCACCGUGACGCUUAAAAACUUUAAAUCAUCGGACAAUGCAAAUCUGCCCGUGGCUCCCAUUGAAAAGGUCCAGACGGUCAAUUUAAAUGAAAAAGUCAAAAGCCCGUACACGCACGUUCGGAAUGUGGAGGAUGUUGAAGUGAUCACGAAACCUAACGAAACUGGGACGUUUGUGCGAGAGGUAGAUGAAUAUCGCAGAAAGGAUCAUACGGAAAUCCCUGAAACCAUCGCAGCUACAAAACCCGGCAAAGUGACGCUUACAAAUUAUCAACGUUAUCCACCAGCGACAGAGCCGGACUCGUUAGAAAUUCCCAUAUCCCGCGCCCAGGCGGUCAACGGAAACGUUAACAGCCCCAUGCACAACGUUCGGAAUGUGGAUACUGUUGAAGUGAUCACAAAACCAGCAUCGGAAAUUCCUGGAUUUCAUAAUGGAACCGGGACGUUUGUGCGAGAGGUGGAUGUGGAUGUUCAUCGUCAUGAUACCAAUGGAGGAAGUCCGGUUUAAGCGAUGUUUCUGGAAUGUUCUGAUAUGUGGUGAAAAAUGUUUUGUUCAGAUAAGGUUUUUAAUGUUUUAGGCGUUUAAAAAUUGUGCGGAAUGUUUCCGUCUUUUUAAGUUGUGAUCAUUGUCAGAUCUCGUUGUGAAAUGUUUUAUUUUAAACUUCCUAGAAGCUAGUUAAAUUUACUGAAAUGAGCUUUACGUGCAGAUUGCAAAACCGGUUAUUUCUCAAUAUUUUACCGGUAAUGGAAGUUCGUUUGCGUCAGUAAAUUCACAAUCUGGA